GGGGCUGCACCUGGGCAGGCUCCCCCAGACCUGCCCUCCCUGCUGCUCGAUGGGCGCAUCUGCUACAUUGGGAUGCCGCUCGUCCCUGCUGUGACGGAGCUGAUCAUAUCGGAGCUGCUCUGGCUGAACUUCAGCUACCCCGAGAAGCCAGUGUAUGUUUACAUCCACUCCAUUGGCUCUCAGACGCCGGACGGCCAGGCUGUGGGCUUUGACACGGAGGCUUAUGCUAUCAUUGACACUCUCAACUAUAUCCGCCCAGAGAUCCACACUGUGGUGGUCGGUCAGGCGUUUGGCAAUGCGGCGAUGAUUUUGGCGUCGGGAAAGAAGGGGUGCCGGUUUGCGCUGCCGCACGCGCGCAUCAUGACAGCGCCGCCGCGCAUCAACCGCUCCUUUGGCUCCACCUCCAACAUCAUGAUCAAGGCCAACGAGCUCGAGUACAACACCCAGACCUACGUCGAGUUCCUGUCCAAGUACACUGGGAGAGAGAAGGAGGAGGUCCGCAAGGAUGUGGGCCGCAAUCGCUACUUCACUCCUGAGCAGGCCAUCGAGUAUGGGCUGAUUGACAGGAUCGUGCAGCCCCAAGACUCGGUGGCCAUGGAGGAGAAGAACUAUGAGGCGAUGCUGGCAAAGGCGCAGUCGCAGCAGCGUGGCAGCCGCCGGGCACCCGAGAGCGCUGAAGUCGGC